AUGGGUCCUCGCUACGGUGCCCUCGGCGCAACCUUCCAGCUUGCUCGCCUUUUCCAAGCCUGCUCUCUCAUUGCAGUAGUUGGAAUGACAGCCAAAUUCAUCAGCGUGAUUGUUUCCAAUAAUGGCACCCCGCCUAAUGUCCUCAUCGGCACGAUCAGUGUGACGUGCAUUGCUGUGAUAUACUGCAUCAUCUCGACUAUUCUUUACAUGGAUGACAUCCUACCUUUCCUCAUUGUGGCAGUGUUGGACUUGCUAUUGCUCAUCGCCCUGAUUGUUGUCGCCGUUAUCGUUGGAAAGCCGCUUUCCUACCUUAAGUGCUCUACAUUGGCCGAGCUAGGCGAUUCCGAUGCUACUCUCUACGCAUUUGCAUCUCGAGUGUCGAGCUAUAUUGCCAACAUCACCGGAAAGAUCGAUUAUGUUGCAUUCGUCGGGGCUUCAAAGGCGAUUUGCGUCGAAAUGAAGGCCGUUUGGGGAUUGGCCAUUGCGCUUUGCAUCUUGUUUUUCUUUUCCUCUAUCUGUAGCGGUUUGCUGUGGCAACAGAAGAAGAAGGCUCUCGCAACCAAGGAGAUGGAGUAG